UUUACAAUGUGAAAAACAGGGAUAUAUAAAAAUGUCUCAUUAGAAUCUGAUUGGCUUAAGAAAUGUUAUUAGAGUCGUUCUUCCAUUUCUAUUGAUAUGAUUGGAACAAUAAAAUAUUUCCACUGAAAAGAAUGAUUUAAGAAGACAAGGAUGGCUGGAUUUGGUGAUUUUUCAGGCUACAACAGGCCUUAUGGGUUGGAUCCUAACAGGGAAACCAAUGAUUUGUACGACACUCGCUAUCAGCAGAUAUACGGGUACCAUACUCCUGUUACCGAAGAGUUUCAGGGGCCGCCGUUAGUAAUGGAUGAUGUUUCUGAAGAAGAUAACAAUGCCUAUAUCACAACAGCUAUAAGUGUUGCAAGUCUUAUCACAGAGAAUCUACUAAGUCACCCAUUUAUUGUAUUGAGAAGGCAGUGUCAGGUACACAAUGGUCUGAAGAACUAUCACAUAGUACCUUACACCCUACUGCCUGUAGUUGCGCGGUUGCAUCGGAGACAAGAUGUGACCACACUCUGGAAGGGCAUUGGCUCUACUUGUAUAGUGAAAGGUCUAAACUUGGCUGUGGAGGAUGUGGUCUCCAAGGGCACUGGAUGGCCUAAGGACAUUGGAAAAUGUGAUUCCGUCUUACAGUUCCUACAGCACAUAACUUUAAAAUGUGUAAGUUUAGCUAUCAUUACACCUUUCUACUCAGCAAGCUUGGUUGAAACAGUCCAGAGUGACAUUGCAAGUGACAAACCAGCAAUACUAGAUGUGUUCAGGGAAGGUUUCAUGCGCAUUUUAGAAUGGGGAACUCCCAGCAGAGGUAGAAUGCUGCCUAUAUGGGCUAUUGUGUUCCCAACUGUCUCUCUUGGUAUUACCAAGUAUAUUGCUCACAUAACAUUUAAAAAGAUAACUGAGAAAGUACUCCGUUUCCAACAAAGACACAGACAUGAGCUUAGUGACUCCUAUAAUGUGAACUACAGCAAAACCUCAAACCCUCUGAUUGAAGAUAUCAGUUUGAAAGCCAACAUCAUAUCUUUCAUUGCCAUGGAAAUAAUAUUCUACCCAGUUGAAACCAUUAUCCAUAGACUUCACAUACAGGGCACCAGGACAAUAGUAGAUAACCUGGACACUGGCACAUCAGUUAUACCAAUACUGACUGGUUACGAAGGAUUUAUGGAUUGCUACAACUCCACCAUAGCCAAGGAAGGAGUCUCGGGCCUGUACAAAGGCUUUGGUGCACUAGUAUUACAGUUAGCAGCACAUUUGGCUAUCAUAAAACUCACAACUUUAGUUGUGUCAGAAGUAUCCAACUUGUUAAAGCCAGCCAAGUCCCCAACUUCUGAUGACUCCAUUCCCUCUCAAAAAUAUUUGUUCAACUAGUCCAUGGUAACUAUUUAUUAAAUUAUAUUGUAAGUGUAAUUUGUCAAGCAUUGUUUCCUGUGAGGAUUUUUGAAAUAUUAUUAAAAUAAAAGCAAUAUAUGGGUUUCAUUAUACAUAGUAUAUUAAUUUGAUCUCUAGUAUGUUAUGUCCCAUUAGUAGUUCAGUUCUUUAUGAUCUACCCAUUUCUGUCCAUUGUCAAAACUAUGGGGCUAAAGGGCAUUGCUAGAAUUGUAGAUGAAUAUUAUCAAUUUGAUUUUGAAGAAUUAUAUUUGAAGAUAACAAGUCUGCACAAUGGUACCUUAUAUUCUGUUUUUGUUACUUUUUGUAAAGUAGUAAAUAAGUGAAAUGUAUAGCUUGUUAGAAUGAUAGCUCUGUUAACAAAAAUCAGGCUGUUUUAAAAUAAAGAAUUGAUUCGAAACAUA